UGCGCAUCGGACUCAAAGCCGUCGGAAUCGGCCCGAGCGGCGGAAUGUGGCGGAUAUCGGGGGCCCUGGCCAGGGCCUUCAACCGCUUCCAUGUUGUGAAUGUAAAUGGAUGUGUACACGGCGAGGCAGAAGCCUUGGGACAGUCUUCUCUCCUUCCGCUAGGGCAGAAUGCUGGCAGCAAAACUUACACAUUGACCACAAUUGGACCCCAGAAUGAUCAAAAUGGACAGGACCAGAAGAGAAAAGGGACAUACAAGUCCUGCACUGACCAUCUACCACAACACACUGUACUGGAUGUUUUUGGAUGGGGUGCCAUAGCUGUGUUUUUCCUGCAUUUGGCCCGCCAACUGUCCUUCCAGAAUGCUGUUCCUGGUUCAUCUCCAGAAGACAGAUGCAGUCGAGUGCCCUGCCUCAAACAAAUCCUCGCCUCCCUUGCACAGACCCAAGACUCUGGUUUGAAGCGCAGCAUUAUUCCAAAAGAAGCCCAGGCAUCUGUGUGGAAAAACAUCCCUUUACAAAGUGAGGCCCCAGUGCAGCAAGUUCGGCCUUCAGACUCAGCUUCUGGAUAUGGCAUUCUUCAUCUGUCUGCCGAUCAAGACGAGUCACCGAUUGAUAUCAGCAAAGAGGGCAGAUCCACAACCGAGAUAUCAACCGAUAGCAAGGAGGCUUCACAACAAAAGAUUCUAGAUUUAGAGGAAGACUUUGGGGAAUCUCUACAGUCUGCGUCAUCUCGGCUCUUAGAAGUGACUGAGAACAGCAUGCCUGUGGUGUUGAAUAUUUUUGGAAUUGUCAGCGCCAGGAAUAGUGCCGAUUACAAAGCAGCUUUCCGCUUCUUCCGAGAGUCGGCAGGGAGCGGCUAUAGUAAGGCCCAGUACAACACGGGGGUCUGCUACGAGCAAGGAAAAGGUGUCUCCAAGGAUAUAACCAAAGCUGCUGAAUAUUAUCUCCUGGCUGCCAAGGGAGGGCAUACCCAAGCUAAGUAUCGAUACGCCCGCUACCUCUUGCGCCCUGAAGCCGGGCGAGAAGAUUCACUGAUUGCUAUACAGAUGCUUCAAGAAGCAGCUCAGGCUGGGCUCAAAGAGGCUCAAGCCUACUUAGGAGUUUUUUAUAGCAAAGAGCCCCGUCUGGAUCUUCAUAAAGCUGUAAGAUACCUGCGGAUGGCAGCUGAAAAUGGGGAUGUUCAAAGCAGGUAUUACCUCGGAGUCUGUUACGAAAAAGGGUUUGGAGUUCCAGCUAGCAGGCAAGAAGCUUUGCGGCAUUAUGAAAGGGCAUCGGAAACCGGUCACGGGCCAGCCCAGCAGAAGAUGCUUGAGAUGAAUCAGGAGCUAGCAGAAGGAGAGAGCCCUCCUUGUGUAAGUCUCAAAGCAGCUGCUUCCAGUCCCUGCCUUCCUGUUUUGGAUCGUGUGAGCGUCCUGACAAGAGCUGGCAACAGAUUGUCCGUCAACAGGAUGAGAGGCAUGGGUUUACCUCACUCCCUAAGCACCGGCAAUCUCUUGGCAAUGUCUACAGCAGACACCGGCAACUACAGCCAUGUAACCAAUGUCUCGCCACCGCUGACAUCUCUCAGAGCCAUUGGGGUCGGAUGACUAGCCUCAGAUAUGGCAGAUCAGCGCACAAUUAAGCUAGAAUCACUGUGAGGAGCUUGAAUGGACUGAGCUCCUACUGCCCUCGCAAUGACUGACGUAUAAGUAUAUAAGUAUAGUCUUUAAGAAUGGUCUUGAACAUGUUUGCCUGUUAUCAGGUGAUAGCAGACGUUGAAUGUUUGCCUGUUAUUUCUGUGUUCUAGCUCUGAAGCACUUUGAACAAUUUAUAAAUUGUAGCACUUGUUCUUAUGAAGCUUAAAAGCACCGCAACAAUUUGGUUUGAUUAAUUAAAGAAACAAACCAAAUGUAAUCAGGUUUCACAGAACCAUGAAAAGGGUCUCUUUUAUACCUUAAUUUUAAGAGACCACACAGCUAAUAAUUUAUUCUCAGGAUGUCCAAGGAAAAUGUAUCCUUUAAAAAAAAAAUGUUUGAUAUUUGGUAAUUUUGUAUAAGGAAAUUGCUUACAUAAAAACUAUUUUAUUGGCAGUUCUGUUUUUUGUGAUGAUCGGUCAUAAUAUAAUCAAUUCGUGAAUAUUUGAGUUUGCAAUCAAUAUCAUGUCCAAAGGUUGCAAAUACAAACAUGCAUUUUCCUUUGCAACAGUAAUAAAGAGCAAUUCUGCAUUUAUCAUA